AGGAAACAUACAGAAGAAGUGUCGCCAUUAAUUCCAUUUCAUAUUUUGUUAACGUCUCAGGAAGCAUCUCAUUUAUUUCAUUUUAGCACAGCAAUAAGCAUGGCCGAAGCUGAGGGAGAAGAACAGCUUCUUCUUCCAAAUGAACGAACAUAUUUGGGCUUGCGGCGUAACAGACAGCCGCAGGAUGUCAAUGGAUGCUACCGAUUUUUAUUGAAAAUUGUCGAAAUCACUUUCUGUAUACUUGGAUUAUGGAGUUACCGGGCUUGGAACUGCAUCCCACGAGUACUAGUCAGUCUAAUUUGUAUUUAUCAAGCUGUUUACGAUUUCUAUGUCGUGUUAGGUUGCCACGGUUUUGAUUGCAGUUUCUUACAAAAUUCAACGGAUUCUAAGAAGCCCUCUCAUCACAAGGAUGAUCGUCAUGUUGCAAACGCUGUUUACAGGAUAGUCUCAUUGGCAGCAGUGGUUUCUUACCUCUUCUUUAUCCGUUGUUUCAUCGUAGCAAAGCACAAAAACUCAGCUAUGGUCGCACCGUCUGAAUUAUUGAUGGAAGAUCUUACCAGAACGGACUGCCAGUGGUUGUGUCUUAUUUUCAUUUUAAUAACAAUUUUGUAUCUAAGCUCGGUGGCUGUGUUUUACGCUAUUAUAUGGAUAAGUCAGCCAAAAGAUUCCUAUUUCACCAUUCUUGCCACCGGAGUAGGAGCCCAGUUUUUCGCGCAGUGGACAGCAAUAACAACUUGUCACGUGUUUGGCGUUAGUUCCUUUGCAGUAGGAACUUAUGCAGAGGACACGCUGAGGCACAUUGAACAGAUUGAAGAACAACAUAGAAGCCUCGACAAGAUCAUAACAUUACACCAGGGACUCUGCACAGUUGUUUUCAACACAGUGUCAUCCUACAGUGUCUGGUUUGUAGUGCACUGGGUCAGUUAUGGAGUAGGAGUUGUUCUGUCUGUAAUUUACAUAUCUAAAGAAAUACUCUUCAGAAGCAAGUAUGACACUCCUAUAAUAAACCUGGUGUACCUUGCCUUAUUCUUUGCCUGCAAUAUCUAUUUAUUCCUUGUUCCAUGCAUCUUCGCUGCAAGAAUCACAAGCAAGUGCAGAGGAGUGUACGAGAAAAUCAACUCCAUCACAUCUGCGAACUGGGACGUGGAUGGCCAUCCAUUCAGGGAUCGUCAAAACAUCGCUCUCUUCAUUUCAUACGCUAAGGACAGUGGUUGUGGAUUCAAAAUCGGUAGAAUCACCUUCAGCACCUCAUUGGCCUGGCUAUCCUUUUUCUUUGGACUAAUAGGUUUAUUGUUUCACUUUUUUUAAGUUUACCCGACUUACGCGCCAAUCACUCAAUUUGGUGAAAUAUCGGAAGGCGUUAAACAAGUUUGCAAA